GCACUUUCCGGCGCGUUACCGCCCUCCCUUUCUUCCUUUUAGUGCUCUCCUGCUACUGCUCCCUCCACUCCACCCCCACCCCCGGCUCUGCGCCACCGCACUACCACCGUCACUCGCCUGCUCCUGCUGCCGCGCCUCCGCAGGGGGAGAUUGAGGAGGUGGAGAUGAUGCACACCAAGUCGGAGUCUGACGUGACGAGCCUGGCGGCGUCGUCGCCGCCGCGGUCGCCCAAGCGGGCGCCCACCAUCCACUACUACGUGCAGAGCCCGUCGCGGGACUCGGCGCACGACGGCGGCGGCGGCGGCUACAAGUCCUCCUCGAUGCAGGCCACGCCCGUGUUCAACAGCCCCAACGAGUCGCCCUCGCACCCCUCCUUCGGCCGCCACUCCAGGGCCUCCUCCGUCAGCCGCUUCUCCGGCGUCGUCCGCGCCGGCGGCAAGGCCGGCGACCUCAAGGCCGUGAACGCCAAGGGAUGGCCCGAGUGCAGCGUCAUCGAGGAGGAGGGCUCCUACGAGGGCCUCUCCGGCGGCGACAGCGGCCUCACCCGCCGCUGCCAGAUCCUGCUCGGGUUCCUCAGCUUAGUCCUGCUCUUCACCGUCAUCUGCCUCAUCGUCUGGGGCGCCGCACGACCAUACGUGCCGGAGAUCGUCGUCAAGAAUAUCGCCAUCGAUAACUUCUAUGCUGGUGAGGGUACAGACCACAGUGGGGUUCCAACCAAAAUGGUCACAGUGAACUGCUCUCUCAACAUGAUUGUGUCCAACCCCGCUUCAAUGUUUGGAAUACAUGUCACUUCGGGCCCUGUUCGUCUGCUCUAUUCACAGAUCGCUAUCGGGGUUGGACAGGUUCGCCAGUACUACCAGCCGAAGAAUAGUCGCCGCCACGUGACGGCGGUCAUUCACGGACAGAAGGUCCCCCUCUACGGCGCAGGAGGCGGGCUAGACGAUGAUGGGUCGGUGCCAUUGACCGUGGACUUCAAGCUGAUCUCACGGGGCUACAUCAUCGGCCAGCUCGUGCGGGUGACACACAAGUUGCAAGUAACAUGCAACAUCACCGUUCAUAUCCAGGCGACGAGGCCGAUCAGGUUCCCCAAGGAUGCCUGCGCAGUGAACAAGGGCUGAUGGACAGGCCCCUGGUUUCUUGAGAUCCAGCGAGUCAUUGCGUUCCUGCAGCUAUAGCAUGUACUUACUGUUCUUGUGAAGAACAAUAAACAUACAGUAUAUGAGAACUUGUUUGAGCUUCGGUCUUUGUCCAUAAGCUACCCUUGUGCGGCAGUGUUUUUUUGUUUAUCAGGAAAUGAUGUAUACCUAAGUUUGGUAUUAGGAAUGGUUACAAGAUAGUAUCCUCAUGUUUGCAAA